AUGUAUCACACCAUGAUAAAUGUAAUGAAGGACCCGGUCAAGAACCGUGGUCCGCUCUUCUUGAUCAUUUGGGCUGCUUGGGUGGUGGUUGGAUUCUUCUUUUAUUCCUAUGCUCCGAAAAUGAACCUGGGGUGGCGAAGAGGAUGGUAUAUGGCUAUCAAUAUUGGUUAUUCCAUUGGGUUCGGUGAACCUGGAGAGGACUAUGAUCCGUACCUCUGGUUUUCAACCAUCUAUGUGCUGAUUGGUUCCAGUUUCAUUGGAGUGGCUUUGAGUUUCUUUGCUGACAAAAUUGGAGAAGAUCACGACAAUUGGUUCACAAACUUGGUCCAGCAAAAGGCCUACGAAGAGAGUAUUCAAAACAGCAGGGACCCCUGGGUCCUCCUCAAAGCUAUUUAUGUGCAGUAUGAAGCAGUUAUCAGGGCCAUAACUGUAUGGGUCAUUUGGAUUGGAAUCAUGAUUGUUUACUCCCUCUGGGGUCUUGGUUGGUCCUAUGUCCAGGCUCAAUACUUUGCCAUUACAACACUCAGUACUGGAGGUCACUGGGGUUUGCCCAAGUAUGCUCCUGAUUGGAUGUGGCCCCUCACUGCUUUUAUGGCAAUGUUGGGUGUUCCAUUAAUGGGUGUGGCAAUGGCACAAUUGGCUACACUCAUGGUGGAUCAAGGUGACAUUGAAGUCACCAAGAAAGAGCUUGUGGAAGAUGUCACGGGCGAAGAGUUGCUCAUGUUGCGCAAGUUUGGACUCGAAAAUGGUGAUGGUGUGAUUGACAGCGCCGAAUACAUCAUUCUUUGUAUGGUCCGCAUGGGACAAGACCCCGCACUGAUUGAAUUCAUCUCAAAUCGAUUCAAGGAGUUGGAUGAUGAUGAUUCUGGAUAUUUGACCAUUGAAGAGAUCACAGGUGGCAAGUACUUUUUGAAAGAUGGGCAGAUUGUGUCCAAGGUGGGUGGUGUGCUAGGAAUCAAAGGCGUGAAGCAAUUCAGCAUGGCAAAUCUGAAUGUGCAAUUUAGCGACAGCGAGGAAGACGACAAAAAUGACGACAAAAAUGACCUUGAGGCAUAG